CUUUAAUCGAAUUAGGAAUUCAUUGACGCUAGUCGAAAAGCGUAGUAAUCAGUGUACACAGGCGUGAACGUGGAGGCAUGCAAAUGAACGGGUAGGCAGGGUCACGUGCACGCUUUCGCUGUGGGUUUGCCACGCGUGCAGAUGACUCUGCUCCCUCGACGCCUCACCUGCUGCCACCUGUCUCAUCAUCUUCACCAAACAUCAUGCAUGGAACUCCAUCCCAUAUUCUUUUCUGGUAUAUAAAUAUUGGAUCCACCAUUUCACCUUCUAGGUAGCUGUUUGGAUCGGAGUGGUUUGCCGGAGAAAAUUAAAGUAAAGUAGUUUUGGUUGGUUAGUUCAAGCUUAGAACUUAACAUAUCAAUUAUCUUUCAUGAUGGAGUGGUCUCCCCAACAAGCCAUGGAAGCUUACUUGAACACCCUUCAACUUUCCAAAGUCUUGAACUACCAAGGCGGCGGCAUGGGGCGGUCGAAGCCGGUUGAGCCGGAGUGCAUGGAGUUGAUAUCAGCGUUGGCGGCGGGGAACCGGGCGAAGCUGAUGGUGGAGGUGGCCUCCGGCGGCCCAACUCCAUUCACGGUGGCCUUAGCGGUGGCAGCAAAACAGACGGGCGGGCGGGUGGUCUGCAUCCUCCCACCCUCCUCCUCCGCCCACCGCAGCGACGCGGAGGACCUGAUUCCCGACGAGGGCCUGAGAGACGCGAUCGAGUUCGUGGAGGGAAACCCCGGCGAGGUGGUAAAGAAGUACAAGAGAGUGGAGUUCUUGGUGGUGGACGCCGCCGUGGUGGCCGUGGGCGGCGACGGCGACAGCGGGCAGAUGGAGCUUUGGGAGAACGUGGAGGUGAACCCUAGAGGGUGCGUGGUGGUGGCGACCAAUCUUUUGCAUGAGGGGAAUAAUAGGGUUUGGUUUGGGGAGAUGUUGAAGAAGAAGGGGAAGAGAGGGGUGGUUCAGUGUGUCACUUUGCCUAUUGGGAAUGGUGUGGAGUUGACUAAAAUUAGGUGUUUGGGAGAGGGGAAAAAGACCCAAAGAUUCAAAAGAUUUCAUGUCACUUUUGAAAAUUACUGA